AUGGCGACCUCAGGACUCGGAAUUCCCGUCAAGCUCCUCCACGAGUCCCUUGGACAUGUCAUUACCGUCGAGCUCAAAACUGGCCAGCUAUACCGCGGCAAGCUUGCCGAGGCCGAGGACAACCUGAACAUCUCGCUGAAGGACAUCACCGUGACGCAACGCGACGGGCGUGUGUCCCAGCUGGAUCAGGUGUACAUCAGGGGAAGUAUGGUCAGAUUCUUCAUUGUCCCGGACAUGCUGCAGAACGCGCCCAUGUUCAAGCGUGUGGGACCGAACGCGAUGAAAGGAAGGGGUAUUGGUACGGCGCGUGGAAGGGCAACGAUCAUGCGGGCGCUGACUAUAUUUGCAGCGCGCCGCGGUCGUGGUGUUCCCGCCGCAAGAGGCAUCCGUCGAUGA